GUCUUUCACAGUCGAAUCAUCAGCAAAGCGCGCCUCACUGACACUUGGUUCGUUGCCUUAGAAACUAGAAACUAUCGCUAACCGUUUUUAUUUGGCAGAUAACUAUCAAUUAACCGAUUUAUUACAUUUUUAUUUAGUUUUUACUUCAUAAAUAACUUUUUUCUUCAAAUUACUUGGCUUGAAAACCUGUCCAAUGAGUAAUUUAUACGAAAAUAUCGACAACCAAGAAGAUUUGGACUUUCCAUUACUCUUCUUGUACAACCAACCUGGCAACGACUUGCCUCCUGAUGACCCAGCUGAUGAGCCUGGUGAUCCCUCCAACAAUGACCCCAAUCAAACGUCUUCAUGCAUUCUUCAAGACCCUUCUUUGUACGGUGAGGAGUCUCAAUUCUCCAACGAGACUCUCAUGUAUCAGCAGUCUGAUCUCAGACAGUCUUACAGUCACUCCCCCUCACUCGCUGCCCACCCUGGAAACAGCCCGAGAAUUGAGAUCACCUGCCCUGACCUGCACCACCACGACCAUGUCCUCACCAACCCUGUGAACAUCAACCCGCCCAUGCUAAUGGUCCCAGGCUACGAUAUGUCUCUCUACAGAGAGACCCAAUGCCUGAGUCCAGCUAGCAGCACUUCCUCUACAAGCUGGCAUUCAGAUGGAUAUUCCCCAUGCAUUUCUCCCGGAGCUGGUGAAGUAAGUCCUGCCGGAGUGACCGAAGCCGAUCUUUGUCCAAUGAUCCAAGCUAUUCAUGCCUCAGGUUCUCCAAACACGUCUCCUCGCACUAGCAUCACUGAAGACACGGCUCUGGAACGUCGCUCAACCUCUCCACGCUCCCGCUCUUCUUCUCCGCAGGGGAAGCGCACCUACGUUCAGUACAAGACUCAGAGUCAACAAUUUGGCCAAGAUGAACCCGCCAAGUUUUAUCCGCCGGCAAACUUGGAAGAUUCACUGAAUAACUUCAGCAACUUGACUAAACCCAUCCCGACUAAAAUUGUCAGGCCCAAUGCAGAUUAUUCCCUCUACUCGGAGAGCCAGGCGAGCAUGUUCCCAGCCAUGACGGAAAUGAAAAAAGAGUUCACUGUGGAGUCACGAUAUUUCAUUCCUGCCACCUGGCCCAGUCAGGUCCUCGAGGGGGUUUGUAGUAUGCCAGUGGCUGCUCUGCCUGCGCUGGACUGGCCUCUUCCAUGCAGCAGUGGCCAGUAUGAGCUCAGAAUCGAGGCUCAACCCAGACAACACCACCGGGCCCACUACGAGACUGAGGGCAGCCGAGGGGCUGUCAAAGCAUCCAGCGGAGGCCAUCCUGUUGUUCAGUUGCGAGGGUACACCGGGACGGAGCCGCUGGUUCUCCAGAUCUUUAUUGGCACGGCUGAUGACAGGAACCUUAGGCCUCACGCCUUUUACCAGGUCCACCGAAUCACCGGCAAGACCGUCACCACCAACAGCCAAGACCGAAUGCUGAACGGAACCAAGAUCCUUGAGGUGCCGAUGGAACCCAAGGAGAACAUGAGAGCUGUAAUUGACUGUGCCGGUAUUCUGAAGCUGAGGAAUGCUGACAUCGAGCUGAAGAAAGGAGAGACGGAUGUGGGACGGAAAAACACCCGUGUGAGAUUGGUCUUCCGUGUCCAUAUUCCUCAACCUGGAGGACAGUGGCUUUCUCUCCAAGUGGCCUCGCAGACCAUUGAAUGCUCUCAAAGGUCCGGUCAUGAGCAUCCAGCGGUGGAGCAUCAGGACACAGAUCACUCUUCAGUUCUAGGCGGAGCGCAGAUGAUCCUCAGAGGCCAGAACUUCACUCCAGAGUCCAAAGUCAUCUUCUUUGAGAAAACGCAUGGUGACUUGCAGAUCUGGGAGUCUGAAGCGAAGGUUUACAGGGAUAAAAGCACAUCUAAUCUGUUGUUCUUGGAGAUUCCUCCGUAUCGGGACACAAACAUCUACCGGCCAGUAAAAGUCAACUUCCAUGUGCUGAACGGGAAGAAGAAAUGCAGCCAGUCUCAGAACUUCACCUACACUCCUCUCUCAGUUCCUCAGAUUAAAGCGGAGCCUCUUGAAGAUUACCAUUAUGCACAGUUAGGCUGUGGUGUGUCUCCCAUUAUGGGUGUUUCUCCUCCCGCUGGCCGUCUCACAGACGGUUACAUGAUGCCCACCAGAGCGCCAUACCAUCGCCCCCAAUCUGCCAUGUAUCCCGCCGUCCCGCAGCACCACCUGGAGCCCAUCCACCACUACCAGAUGGCAUCCAUCCUCUCCACCUCUCCAGCUCAUGCUUCGUGCAUGGGGACGACACACAGCUCUGCUCCUGUGUUUGUGUCCAGCGCCUACCAGCACAGUAGAGGAAAUGACAGCAUCCAAUCAUCCGCCAACAUGUUUUCAACCCUGGAUGUGUCCGAGCUUUGCAACACCACAGCCCAUCAGAAAGCGUAUGUAGCAGCAGGACGAUCUCCACCCGCCCGCAGCCUCCUGCCCGCGCAGCACCACCGACAUGCCAGUCCUGUGAGGGUCAAGCAGGAGAACCUGGACCAGGCCUACCUGGAUGACGUGAACGCUGUGAUAAGAAAGGACCUCGUGCAUAAAACUAAUCUCUGAUGUCUGAAGACAGAUUUGACGUCCUGAAGAUGAUGUUACGGUACUGAUAUCUAUUUAAAUCUGCUUGUUUUUCAUAUCUAUGAUUUGUACACAAUGAUUCGAGCAAGAUCACGUUUGACAAUAUCAGGGAGUUUUAUUGUUUCUGUAUAUAAAUAUGUAAUGAUCAAAUCAUGGUUUUAAUCAAAGAUUGACCUGGUUUUAUUUAUCAGUGUGCAGUUUAAAUCAAAUGUUUAGCGCAAUUUGCUUCGUUGAAAAUGGUUUCAGUCAUAAACUUAUAAAAUUUUCAUGUACAAAUUGAACAACUGAUGAAAAUUAUAAAAAAAUUUUUGUAAUAACUGUUAUGUAUAAAGUGGUGAUUUAACACUCAAUGUAAUGUUUAAAAUGCAGACUAGUUUAUUAAGAGUAAGCCGUUUAUAUGGAUACAUCUUAAUAAAAUGGGAAUGGUUGGUGAUAUUAACGUCCUGUUUGCGGAACAUUAGCAUAUGUGAGG